GCAGCCCGCAAACAGGUUCGCCCGCGCCGCCCCCGUCAAGAGGCAGUUGUCGACUCGACCGUCGACGCUCGAGCCGCCAGACAAACACCGGCGCCCGCGAGCGCGGCAGCAGCCCCAGCAACCGAGGCGGGCAGCCCUCCAGCAGAGCCAGCAAAAACAGGCGGCAGCCCAUCCCAUAUGCCCGGCGGACCCAUGGACAGUGUGGAAAAUCUCCCACCGCCGCCGCCCGGCAGCAGCAAGCAGAAGGUGUCGCCCGACGCGCCGCCGCCCCCGCCCGCAUCAAUAGCCGAGAAGGGCGAGGUCGCCGCCGCCAUCACUGCCGCGGGUGUUACGACCGUGAAGGAGGAGGCCGUGGCGCAGGGCGAACAAGAUAUAGAUAAAGUGUACAAGUUCCGCGACGCCAUCCUCGAAGGCGCGACGGCACUGAACAUCGAGACGAAGGCCGAAUUGGUGGAACUGUUCACGAAGCAUGCUAUUCAAUCAACCAGUGGGGAAAAAGUGGUCCCUCGGAAAUAUUUUGAUCAACUACUCACAGAGCUGAAGGUCGACGCCAAGGACCCGUCCACAUUGUGGAUCGCGGGCCACUUCGCGAACGAGAACGAGAUGUCGAGUGAUGGGGAACCCAUCGAUGUGCUCGGACUGUUGGACUAUUUACAACUGACCCCGGAGGCGGAAGAACAAACAAUACUAGCCCAUUUGCACGACAAGCUCUGCGAGGGUGCGACGCAGCGGGGCAUGGCGACGAAAGAAGAGCUGUGUGCUUGGCUCGUAAGGGCAAGAGACGCGACGUCCGACGACGGUUCCGUAGACCUCGCGAAGUUAGCUCCGAUGGCGCGAAAUCUCGCGGAGAUGGUUUCGAACGGUGUCACACCGGAAGGCGAUGCUGUGGAUGCCGGCGAGUUCUGGUCCGCCGUGGAGCUGCUCGAUGACGGUCUGAGUUCGGAGAACGCGCCGCAAGCGCGCGAGUUGAUCCGGGCUGCUUAUGCGAAUGAUGACGGGAGCGUGGACGCGGCGCAUUUGUUGCAUGAUCUACGGUUGUGGCCAGGAGUGGAGGAAGCGGAGCGCUGGCACGAGCUCGCGGACAAGCUAAGGUCAUUACUGUGUUCAGGGGCAGCGGGUGUAGGUAUCAAAACGAAAGAGGCGCUGUGUCAGUUGUUCGCGGACGACGAGGGUCACCCGAAGAAGAUGAGCGUCGACGAAUUCUCGGCAGUCGUGAAGCAAGGCCUCGGUGUCGCCAUCGAUUCGACAGACGACGACGAUGAAGAAAGCGAGGUCUUGGCCUUCGUCAAGUGCUUUGAACUGUCUGCCGAGGACGACGACGACGUGUCCGUGUCCGAAGAUGGUCUUGUAGACGUUGGGGAGUUGUUGUGGAAAUUGCUGCUCUGGCCCGGGGCGGAGGAGGAGCAUCGGUCCUUGGCGGCUGGUAGGUCUUUGAGGCAGGAUCUACUCACGCAUGCGGAGGCGCUUGGCUUGGAGACCGUCGGGGAUUUAUGUGCAUUACUGGUCGAGAAGUGCGGCGGCGGGAAGCAGGUCGCGGUGGAGAAACUGCUCGAGGUGUUUAAAGGUAUGGCGUGCGGCGACAUUUCCGAUUUAGAUAUGUACCUGCGACACUUCGCGGAUGAUAAGGGCGUGGCUCUGGAGAAGCUGCUGCAGCACCUCGAGUUGUAUGAUCACGGCGCGGGCGAGUCGUCCGGGGAUGAUGAUGAUGAUGAGGCGACGGUGGACGCCUAGUCCUUUGGCGCGUAAGUAGUCGUUUUCUGGAUCUGAAGGGGC